CUCUCGUCUCGCUUCUGUCAGUGCCGGUGGACCAACUGUUGCGAACGAUACAGCGACCUUGUACAUGGCGCAUCCCGCGUCAACUUGUAGGCAUGCACUCGUCCUGCUCUUGGCACGGCUGCAAAUGGAUGCCUCUCUUCUCCCACCAGCGAUCAAACAUCGAAGGCGUUGACGUCCCCAUUCUUCUUCCGGAAUCGCGUGACUGACAAUGGUGCAGUACACGUACUCACGGUCACCCGACCACCCGUACGCGCUGGAAAUGCUGCCGCUACCCAAGGAAGAACUGGACAAUCUUCGAGGCGACGCGAAAGCGGCGUACCAGUCGCUGUUCCCAGCAGUACAGGCCGCCGUUCGGUUCGGAAGCGAUGGAGAAGUGUUUAACGUGGCGCACCGUAGCGGCAAUUGCAAGUCCAUGGCCAUGUGGACGACGUCGCUGCUGUUCGGUACACUGGAGGAGGUGGCCGCUUUGUAUCUGGACCAGAACGGACGCGUGCCGAUGGUACUGGACUCGGCGCGCUCUCGUCGGCUCUAUGAGCUCGAGAAACCUUCGAACAACAAGCCGUUGCGAGGCGCAUCCCUGCGCUGGUCGCUGUGGAAGCCGCCGUCCAAGCUGUCGGACGGCAGAGACGUCUGCUAUCUCGAAUACAUGAACUCGUUCGUAGAUCGCGAAACGGGGCGUCGUGUGUGGGCGCGCGGGAUGCGAUCCAUCAACCACUUGUGCUGUCCGGCGUCGCAGCAUCCGGACGGCCCGGUCCGAACGUACAUGCGCGUAUCCGGCAUGAUCUUCCGUGAGACCGACCGUCCGAACGUGCUGGAACACGUCAUGUUCAUCCAUAUCGACGGUCGAGGCGUCCCCAAUUGGGUCGUACAGCAAGCUAUCGCCGCUAACAAAAAGGCGGCGGAUAAUCUCAACCAGGUACUCAAGAUCAUGCGUCAAUUAAAACCGCGACAAGCUCCCGGUUCUAUCGAAGACGGCCGUGACUGUAAGGCGUGUGGAGACCGCGUCUCCAAGUGGACGAUCGCUAAACGGUGCCGCUUCUGCGAUGCCAUUUUGUGUAAGAAGUGCGUGGACAUCUGCUAUCAUCGCGCUGACGCAAGUGGGAAGAACCACCGAAUGUGUUUGUCUUGUGCCAUCUACACGGGCUCAGUGAACUCCACGAGUCGCAGCUUGAGUGGACUGGACUACAACCGUCCCAACAGGUCCCAGUCUCGCCGAAAUGCUACUGAGAUCAGCGAUCGGAAGCUGUCCGAGUCGGUACUCACAGCUUUAACCAAGCAGAACAGUCUUCCUACCUAUGUGAUGCAGUCCAGUGUGUGCUCGGAAGGGGAGAGACCGUCGAUUUCUAUGACGGAUUCUGUUGGAAGUGGCUCUCGUGAAGACCCGGUUGCAAUUCGUGAACGCCUUGAAAAUAUGCAGCUGUACAGCCCAACAAGUAAUAGUACGAAUCAAGAAUGGAGACAGCGAACACGCAGUCGGGUGCUCACGCUGGACUUGGAGCUUGAGCCGCAACGUGCAGAGCCUAUCGAUCUGUCGUAUCUGUCCGAACUGGUUACCCCUCGCGCCGGAGCACCCAGACGCGCCGUCGAUAUUUAAGAAAAAUGAAACAAGCAAGUUUCCAAGUACUAAAACGUAUCACCUUGUCAAGUUGAUCAACAUGACAAACAACGCACAUGUCAAAACCCCGAAAGAAGGAGCAGUGAUCCCCACCUCAGCACCCAGAGCGUAGGAACAGAUGAAAAAAUACACAAGCACAAAUUCUACCUGGUUAUCACGAAAGUUAAGAAAG